AUGGAAGCUCAAGGCCCGAACCAGAAGCCAGAGCCUUCUCCGGGCCCUGAAACUGAACUGCCUGGUCCUCUCAAUACCUUGGUUGACCAAAACACCCCUCUCACAAAAGACGAAGAAGAGUUUCAUUUCGAUACGAGCAGUGUCCAAGAGAUCUCUGAUUUCUCCGAAUUCUGGGGCUGCACUGAGGAAGAGACAAAUGACCGAGCCCAUCAGGCCAGCGCACAGUCUUAUUUCACACUCUCCGACAGGAACGUGGAAGAGGUCCUUAAAGCUCAAGAAGCAAACUAUACCGCAUUCUUGGAAGAAUUCCGCAAUAUCUCUUCCCAGCAUAUAUCGAGAGUUGAACAGGUAACGCGAACUGAGCAAGAGACUGGCAUGGAACGGAUCGUCAAUUAUGUCAAGAGCUUCAUUCCUCAGCCUGCUCAGGCCUCGAAUGCCUCCACCAUCGUAGACCUCAGGGCUCAACUUCAGGCAGAGCAAGAUUACGUACAGAAGCUCACUAUCGAUCACAAUAACAUGGCUCAACACUCCCAUAAACAAAAACAAGAUCUUGGCAAAGUAAACGCCAAACUUGAUGAUGCCCUUCACGAGAGAGACCAGUUACGCCAGCUUCUGGACGGUGGCUCUCUAGCAAACUCUGGAAAGAUAACCGACGAUUCCAUUCGAGCCAAAUGGAAGGAGCUCACUUACAACAUUCGCUGUCUGGCUCAUUUCCUAGCCCAAGAUCCGCUUCACCAGCAACUUGACGAACUCGCUACGGAGCGGCUACGAUUUGUUUUGAAAGACUAUCGCAGAUAUAUCAAUGAUGAAGAAUACCGAGAGCUUCUUAUCAUGGGCUAUCUAUGGGUCAUUGUUCAAGACGAGGUGUUCGACGCUGAGGAGCAACUUUGGGGGGGACCUGGGCUGAAACCUUACAAAAUCACUCGUGAUCACAUUAUCACUCUCAUUGGAGACAGGGAGAACAUCCUAAACACUGAAACCUCCAUCGCUCAUGCUGCACGGUGGCUGGCUCAAGGCUCAGACAUGAUCGGCAACCUUUGGGGGAGAGAUGAUCGCGGCAUGAGACGUCUCGUUCUCAGAGAAACUAAGCGUCUAAGGCCAUUUUAUUCGGCUCGCCUAUCCUCAACAGACAGGUGUGAAAAGCAGGUCACUGAUCAACUGAGGGACAUUAUAUGCACGGCAAUUGACCUGGACAAGAUGAUGAUGCGCUCCAAGGCAAUUUUCCAAGUUCACUGGCGGGAUCAGUCUCAGAAACCAUAUGGCUGCCACCAGAAAUGGAACGGAGAUGCCAUGAAUUCAGAGGCAUCUAAGAACGCCUUGUCCCCCAAAAGCCGUGUUCUAUUCUUCAUUUCGCCUAUUCUUCGCAAAGUCGGUACUGCCGAUGGACAACGAUAUAACUCCAACAUGGUGCUGGCCAAGGGUCUUGUGGUCUGCGACUAA